GAGGUCGAUCGUAUUUUUAUUCUCACCCUGGGUGAGGAUAGCCACUUCCAUUUUCAAACAUCAAUUAUAACUCAACUAUUAUUGAUUUGCGACAAAAAUGAAGACCAUUCGUGUUACUCGUGUUUAGCAUGCAAAAUACUACUAGAAAAGAAGUCGUGAACAAGAGACGGGUGCUUAAGUAAUAAAAAACCUAAUUUACUAAAUCUAGAAUUGUACUGUGCAAAUUGUAGUGUCGAUCAAGUGAUAAAGCUAGAUUAUCUAGAUCUAGAUCUAGAUGACUUUAGAAUCUAUAGAUUCUUCCAGGAAAUCUCUAUAGAAUCUAUCUAGUCUAGUCUAAAGUUCUAGAGUACUGUCUGUCUGGGUAAUCCGCCCACUUCUACGUUUAGUCGCAUGUCAUUUUGGACAUGCGACUAAACAUAGCAGUGUACCUGAAAAAAUUCUUGAAAUAAGAAAAGACCAGUACUAUGUGGAUGCAGUAUUUGAGUAUUAUGGACUCACCAACGCUAGCACUAAAUAGAACAAUAUACAGUACAGUCCACUGACUAACACCAGUCAUUGUUACAUCAUUGUACUCCCACAGGUUGCCCAACCCACCCUGGGUGUUUCCAUGCCCUCCUGUAGCAUCAAUAUGACCGCUGCGCUUGUGCCCAAGUCCCCUCUCCCCACUUUGCCAAUAUCGUCACCCUCUCCUGCAGCCUCAUCAAUAGCCACCCCAAGACAGUGGCCAAAGAAGACGUUGAAUUUGAUUUCCUCAAUAACAUCAGGAUCGAAGAAAAAGAUGAGAACAAGCCUGGAGUAUGAACAGAUGAUUUCCAAACUCAAGACCCUUUCAAGGAAACAGCUGGAGCAGUUGGUUUUUUAUCUGAGCAAAGAAAUUGGAAGGCUUGAGGAGGAGUUUCAAGACCAAACUUCAAACCAACUUGCUUCACCAAAAACUCAGAGGGCUGUCCACCACGACAGUUUCAACAAUGAUGUCAACUGCUGUCACAAGGGAAAGGGAGACAGGAGGCAAAAAUCAAAGUCAAAUCAGAGUUGCAAUGUCUACAAUGAUGUCGAGGUCUCUCAUGCAAGAAAAAGAGAUUGUCUCAGAAAGGCCAAAACAGAGCUGACUGCAUCACACCCAGAGGCUGUUGCUGCACUGGACAAGUCAGUUGUGAAAAACGCUGCCAUUUGCUGUGUGUCAGAAAGUGGAGAUGCUUCAAGCGACAUAUGCACAGAGGAUUUAUUUAUAGUUAAUGUUGAACUUGACGGAGCUUCACAGCGACUUCAGAAAACGAGUAAAAUCAAGUACAAAGAAAACUGUGAUAAUCCUAAUCAUGGAGUGAGUCUCAUCUCUCCAAAGACUGAGUGCGAUGCUAUUCUUCAAUCUGCGGAAGACCGUAGCGAACAAAUCUUUAAUGAUAAUGGUGUUUCAGCCUUACCUACAGGAGGCUCCUUUGAGUCUAAUGAGAAGUGCAAAUGUACUUCGUGUGAUAUGACGUUCAGCACAGGCAGUAACUGUCGUCGUCACAUCAGAAAUAUUCAUGGUGGGCAAAUGUUCAGCUGUGAGAUAUGUGGCAAAGUGUUCAGACACAAGCACAACCUGCAAUCUCAUGCCAAAGUUUGCCUUGAACACAGCGCUGCUGUGUGUCCACACUGUAGUAAGUUAGUGAAACCAGCCAGACUGAAAGCCCACAUGCAGAAAGUUCAUGAGAACCCUUGUUAUACGUGCCAAAUAUGUAAAAAAGGUUUUCUAAGACUCGAAUGUUUUGAAGGACACAUGAACAAACAUGACAAUAACACACCUCACAAAUGCUGCUGUGGUAGACAGUACAGGUACCUUAGCAGCUUGUAUAAUCACCGCAAGUUCUGUACAAAAUUGGCUAUUCCAUUACAUCUGCAGGCACAAAGUUCACCCUCAGACAAAGAUCAACCAUUUCCUUUCAUCUGUGAGACAUGUGGCUGUUCAUUCAAAAGACUGAGUUCUUUGAAAGACCAUCGUUUAGCCAAACACAGUCAUAUGCCAUACACGUGUACCUUGUGCCAGAAAUCUUUUACCUGGAGACCUUCAUUUAACAGGCACAUUAAGAAGUGUACCCAGAAAACUGAUGCUCAGCAGGAGGCGUCAAAAAGUUCUACACAUGUUGAUAGUAGCUCCCGUUCUCUGUUUGUUUGUGUAUGUGGAAAGAAAUAUUUUUACCGUCAGUCUCAACUGCGACACCAGAAAAACUGCUGGUAUAAACUUCAGCUUAACGGUUCUGCCUGUCAGUCUCACGUCAUAGGGUAACAGCACACUACCUUAGAAUUACUAAGCAUUAUCUGACAUUUUGGGCUGUUUUGAGUAAGAAACGAAAUUUUCAAUCUGCUCUAUCCAAAUGAAAAUCGUAAGAUUAUUCGGAGCCAUUAUCAAAAUAUUCAAAGAAUAGCAAUCGAAAAAGCUUAGCCAAGUUGUGAAACUCAAAAUUUUUUACUUCAAAUUUCUCAAAACUAGUUACUUAGCAGAUAGAACUUUGUAAUUUUAGAGUAGCUAAUAGUUGAUACUUUCUCUGCCCAUUUUGAGAAUGUCUCUGGCUCUUGGAAGGAUUGUGGGAUAAUAGAGCAGCUCUGGGAGUAAAAAGGGUUACGUUUGAAUAUCUGUGGCUCUUUGGAAGGAUUAUGGAGCAAGUUUUGGAGUAAAAGAGUUAACUUUGAAUGCGCACCUAGCUUAUGCUCAUCUCGCUGUUUACCGAACAUAAUUGACCAGAGAAUUGACCAGAGAUCCAGAGACUGCCUUGGGAGUGACAGGAUUAAGUUAAGGAUAUAAUAUAAAUUACAUUUUAUCCCUUCAUUCUCAGCCACAUAUUUGACCAAGGGGAAAUUGAGGUGUCAAUGCUAUGCUAACACAGUGACCCUACAAUGUAAAACUAUAAGUAUGAGUGUCUCUUUUUCUAAAUAUUUAGUAGAGCCAUGAAAUAGCACAGAUAGAUAGAACAAUAUAUAAGGCAACGUGGUGGAAUCAGGCUCUCGUCAAAAUAAUCAAAGUGA